AUGAAUCAGAAGAAACAGAAGCUCAGCACCAUGAGCAACCAUCUCCUGUUUGUGACCUUCUCUACUCUGGUGUGUCUCUCCCAGCUUCCUCGGGUGACAUGUGAAGAGAACUGUGUGAAUUCUGAGCACUGUCUGACCACUGACUGGGUCCAUCUCUGGUAUAUCUGGCUGCUGGUGGUGAUCGGUGGCCUAUUCCUUCUGUGCGGCCUGACCUCAGUCUGCCUCCGCUGUUGCAUCAGUCGACAGCAGAGAGGAGAAGAGGUGGGCCCACCACCGUACGAAGUGACAGUCAUUGCCUUUGAACAUGACAGCACCCUUCAGAGCACCAUCACUUCUCUUCAGUCAGUCUUUGGACCAGCAGCCCGUAGGAUCUUUGCAGUAGCUCACUCUCACAACCCCAUGCAGAUACCUUCAUUGUCCUCAACUGUGGAGACGCCCCCAGGCUAUGAGGAAGCUCUGCACAUGAGCCGCUUCACAGUGUCCAAGUGUGGGCAGAAAGCUCCCGAUCUGGCUCCAGUGCCUGAAGAGAAGCAACUGCCCCACGGAGAGAAGGAUGUUCCUCAACAACAGAUAGAGGACACCCCCAAUUGA